UGCUGCCCCCUUUUGGCUCACGUGUCAUAUCGUCCUCCUGUGCAGCAGGGGGCGCCGCUGCUCAUAAGACACUCUGCUUAGGAAAAGUCCCAAAGUCAUCCUUCAGCGAGAGAGCUCGUAAAUCCAAAAGUUAGGGGAAGAAAAUUACCCAAAAAUGGGUUUCGUCAAAGUGGUGAAGAACAAGGCCUACUUCAAGAGGUAUGAAGUCAAAUUCAGGAGAAGAAGAGAGGGCAAAACUGACUACUUUGCCCGGAAGCGCCUGGUGGUGCAGGACAAGAACAAGUACAACACCCCCAAGUACCGAAUGAUCGUCAGGUUCUCCAACAGGGAUAUCUGCUGCCAGAUUGCCUAUGCAAAGAUUGAAGGAGACCAAAUUGUGUGUGCUGCCUAUUCUCACGAGCUGCCCAAAUAUGGUAUCACUGUUGGCCUUACUAACUAUGCUGCAGCCUACUGCACCGGGCUCCUGUUGGCUCGCAGGCUGCUGCACAAGUUUGGGAUGGACCAGGUUUACGAGGGCCAGGUGGAGGUGACAGGAGACGAGUUCAAUGUAGAGAGCGUUGAUGGACAGCCAGGUGCUUUCACAUGUUACCUUGAUGCAGGUCUGGCCAGAACCACUACAGGGAACAAGGUGUUCGGAGCACUGAAGGGGGCAGUCGAUGGAGGGCUGGCUAUUCCUCACAGUCUGAAACGCUUCCCCGGUUAUGACUCUGAGAGUAAAGAGUUCAAUGCUGAGGUGCAUCGGAAACACAUCAUGGGCAUGAAUGUGGCAGACUACAUGUCUUACCUGAUGGAGGAGGAUGAGGAGGCCUACAAGAAACAGUUCUCUCGCUUCAUCAAGAAUGGAGUCACGCCAGACACGGUAGAAGAAAUGUACAAGAAAGCACACGCCAACAUCAGAGCAAACCCCGCACACGAAAAGAAACCCAAAAAAGACGUCAAGAAGAAGAGGUGGAAUCGCGCCAAGUUAUCUCUGGCACAGAGGAAGGACCGAGUCGCCCAGAAAAAGGCCAGUUUCUUACGAGCCCAAGAACAAGAAGCAGGGGACGGUUAGCGGCUCGGUGCUGCGCUUUGCUGCGACAACACAACACACAUCACAGACAAAUAAAUUUAUUACAAACUCAA